AACACCUACAGUUUUAGUUCACCUGCACACACCACAGAGAAGGCACGGUAACUUACUGGAAAAUAUAUUUUGUCGCGCGAAAUACUAAUAGUAGAAACAUCGGGGGCACAUUUUUGACAGUAUCAACCCCAAAAUAUCUGCGAUGUCUUGGACGUACAUGUUAUCAUAUACAUCUUUCUUCAGUGCAUUUUUGUUCGUAGUCCGACCGCAAAUUGUGUCUCUGGAUCAUAUUCCUGAGAUUCUCCCCUAUGAGGCGAGUGGCAGGGUAACCAGCACUACCAUUGUGCUGGGCCAGCCUCUGUGCUACUUCAACACACUGACCCAGCUCAAAUGCAGUCAAAGCACCUGUCAAGUAUGGGCUGCCAUCGCCUCUGGACCAGGCAUCAACAACUUUGACAUUGACAAGCUGGUAGCAGUACAGAUCGUCAGUGCCUCUCCAUACCCUAUUGCCUUCAGCAGCCAGACUAAUAGAAUGUACUUUGUAACCAAAUUGGGUCGCCCUAAGGACUUCCCCUGUGGCCAGUUGCCUGGCAUCAAGUACUUCAGAGUAGGUGCGGAGGGCAACUGCACCAACACCAACUGCAAUGGGAUCCUACCUCCGGGUUCCACUGUCAGGGUGAAGUACAUCCUCAUUGAUCCAGUGUCCAGAGGAGUGGUCUCAGAGUCUAAAUGGUCAUAUCCCAUUUCUCUAACAUCAACGAGGUCCUGGUCCUCCAUAGAUGAGUGGAUAGGGAAGCACUCUGGGGGAAUGGUGGUCAUCACAGUCAUCUCUUCCUGUCUGCUGGCUGUCCUGCUACUGCUGCUGGGAGCUGUGCUGCUACUGGACGGUUUGGGAUCAUUCCGUGGAGGCCAUGACAUCACCACUGGACCUGGGAUACUGGGACAAUACUCAUACUAACUUCCUCCACUCUCAGCCCAGUACAGCACUCCUCAAGACAUUUCUGUGACCAUUGAUGUGGACACUUCACUGUGCAUCUAGCAGAGACCUAGGAUGGAAAGAUGCAUAUGGUUAAACCUUAUGUUAAUGUUCUGAUGUAAUUUCUACAUGAACAUUGCCUUGCAAAAGUAUUCAGACCCCUUGGAUUCCUUCACAUAAUUUUUGUGUUACAAAGUGGGAUUAAAAUAGAUGUAAUUGUCAUUUUUUUGUCAACAAUCUACACAAAAUACUCUAAAGUCCAAGUCGAAGAAAAAUGCAAGCAUUUCUUAAUCAAAUGUAGAUAGACGUUGCAUCAGUAUUCACCUCCCUGAGUCCAUACACAUUAGAAACACCUUUGACAGCGAUAACAGCUGUGAGUCUUCUUGGGUAAGUCUCUAAGAGCUUUGCACACCUGGAAUGUGCAAUAUUUGCAUAUUAUUAUUUUCAAAAUUGUUCAAGCUCUUUCAGAAUAAUGGUUAAACAGCAAUUUUCUUUCCAUAGUAUUUCAAGCAGAUUUAAGUCAAAACUGUAACUUGGCCACUUAGGAACAUUCACUGACUUCUUAGUAAGCAACUCCAGU